ACUUUGAUUUGUUUUGGCUACACACGGCGUACCGAAUGCCGCGGCUUUCUGCGAAGCAAACAGAAGCAGCAUUUCUUUCCAGCAGGAUGGAGUUUUAUCAGCUACUACCAAAGAUUGAGCUGCAUGCCCAUCUGAACGGAUCGCUCAGCAACAGUACGCUGAGUGAGCUGCGUAAGUUGAAGUACGGCAAGGAGGUUCCGACCGGGAUCGACGACUGCUUUUACAAAAUAUUGAACGGAGAAUCGCUCACCCUGGAAGAAUGUUUCAAAAAGUUUCAAUAUGCGCACGAUUUGACCGAUCGCCGGGACACGCUGGAACGUGCGACUCAGCGUGUGAUUGAAGAUUUUGCCAAAGACAACGUGAUCUACCUAGAGCUCCGGACGACACCAAAAGCCACCGCCCAGAUGUCGAAGCGGGAAUACCUAUCAACGGUGCUGGAAGUGAUCAGUAAAACGCCAGUAAAUCAACCGGCAAUCAUGGUUAAACUGUUACCCUCAAUCGACCGCUCCAAGGGUGUGCUGGAAGCGAUGGAAAAUGUUAAACUUGUCAUCGAACUAGACACCCUCUACCCCGGCACGAUGGUUGGCUUCGAUUUGAGUGGCAAUCCGUUCGGCACAAAAUUUGUCGACUUUAUCCCCGCGUUAAAGGCGGCACGGGAGCAUGGCUUCCGUUUGGCUUUACACUGUGGCGAGUUUGAGGAUGUGCAGGAGGUGAAGGAGAUGCUUGCGCUGGGUGUGGACCGUAUCGGACAUGGGACGUUCAUAGAAGGGGAGAAUCUUGCCUACGCUAGCGAACAUAAAAUACCAUUCGAAUGUUGCCUGACGAGCAAUGUAAAAUGCAAAACCGUUCCUUCCUACGAUGAUCAUCACGUGGCUAAAUUGCUAAAAAUGAAACAACCCGUCUGUGUUUGUACGGAUGAUUUCGGCGUGUUCGAGACGAGCCUAUCGCAAGAGCUACAGAUAUGUGCCAAAACAUUCGAUUUGUCCAAUGCGCAGAUAGUGGAGCUGCAGCGAAAUGCUGUCGAGUAUACGUUCGCUACCGAGCAGGAGAAAAAGGAACUGCGCCUCAAAAUUGACCAAUUCUUCGAGGCCCAAACCGCAUGUAAGCCAUAAUAAAAUUAUUGGUUUGUUAGGGUUGUGUUAAGGGUGAAUGAUGAAAAGUAAAA